AAAAAGGAUGCAAAUAUAGUCAAAGUUUAUUCUAACCUUGAUUCAGAAGAUGAAGAAGAAAAUUAUGAAAAGGUUUAUGCUACUCCAAAAGUAAGGGUCACUCCAUAUACUACUAACAGGAGAGGUGCCAAAGAAAAAAGUAAAAGGAUGUUUGAAUCUCAACAAGAAAUGAGAUUAAGAAAUAGAAAUAUAAGUAAACCAAUUCCUCUUACCACUUCGAUAGAUAUUGAAAAAGGAAUUUCAACUUUAAAGGUUAAGAAACCUUGA